GCUCUCCGUCCUGCUCUGCUCUGUUUAUCCGCUGCACAGCGACUCGGCACAAGCAGGAUCAUUGAGGAUACUUGACAACUUUCAUUGUCUGCUAUGACAUCUCGCAGGUGGUUCCACCCCAACAUCACUGGAAUCGAGGCAGAGCAGCUCUUGUUAACCCGGGGAGUCCACGGCAGUUUCCUGGCCCGGCCGAGCAAGAGCAACCCAGGGGAUUUUACCCUCUCUGUCAGGCGCAACAAUGAGGUGACCCACAUUAAGAUCCAGAACUCUGGAGACUACUAUGACCUGUACGGAGGCGAGAAGUUCGCCACGCUAGCCGAGCUUGUGCAGUAUUACACUGAACAGCAGGACCUCCUGCGCGAGAGAAACGGCCAUGUCAUCGAGCUGAAGUAUCCGCUCAACUGCAAGGAUCCGACCUCUGAGAGGUGGUACCAUGGACACCUCUCUGGUAGAGAUGCAGAAAAACUCCUCACAGAAAAAGGCAAAGCUGGCAGCUUUCUGGUACGGGAGAGUCAGAGUAAACCCGGAGACUUUGUCCUGUCAGUUCUCACCAAUGAGGAGAAACACGACAACCUUGACCGUAAAACCAAAGUCACCCACGUUAUGAUUCGCUACCAGGAAGGGAAGUAUGACGUGGGAGGGGGUGAACGAUUCGACACUUUGGCCGAUCUGGUGGAACACUACAAGAAGAACCCCAUGGUGGAAAAAAGCGGCAUCGUCGUCCACCUCAAGCAGCCUUUUAACGCCACAAGGAUAAACGCGGCUAACAUUGAGAACCGGGUACGAGAACUCAACAAAGUGGCAGACAAUUCAGAGAAGCCAAAGCAAGGAUUCUGGGAGGAAUUUGAGGUACUUCAGCAGCAAGAGUGCAAACUGCUGUAUCCCCGGAAAGAGGGCCAAAAGCCAGAAAACAAGAGCAAAAACAGAUACAAGAAUAUCCUCCCCUUUGACACGACACGAGUUGUGAUCAGAGACUCGGACUCAGACGUUCUUGGUUCAGACUACAUCAAUGCCAACUAUAUCAGAAAUAUGAGUGAAGAUGGCCGACAUGUUGAGGAGAGUAAAGUCUUCAUCGCCACCCAGGGAUGCCUGCAGAACACGGUGGUUGAUUUCUGGAAGAUGGUGUAUCAGGAGAAUGCACACGUCAUUGUGAUGACGACCAAGGAGAUGGAGCGGGGAAGGAAUAAGUGUGUCCGUUACUGGCCAGACCUUCAUGGCACCAAAGAGUUUGGGAAACUUCUGUUGAGGAAUGUGGAAGAGCGACCAGCGCAGGACUACAUCCUGAGGAAGCUGGAGAUGACGCGCCUGGACAGGAAAGAGCCUCAGAGGUUCAUCUGGCACUUUCAGUACCUGAGCUGGCCUGACCACGGGGUGCCAAACGAGCCCGGCGGCGUCCUCUGGUUCCUGGAGGAAGUCAACCGCACACAGAGCACUAUGAAAGAUGCCGGACCCAUCAUUGUCCACUGCAGCGCGGGCAUCGGCAGAACCGGCACCAUCAUCGUCAUCGACAUCCUCAUUGACAUUAUUAACCGCCAAGGUCUGGACUGCGACAUCGACAUCCCUAAGACCAUCCAGAUGGUACGGCAGCAGAGAUCCGGCAUGGUGCAAACAGAGGCCCAGUAUAAGUUCAUCUACAUGGCCGUGCAGCAGUAUAUAGACACCGCUCAGAAGAGACUAGAGGAGGAGCAGAGAAAUAAAAUGAAGGAGAGAGAAUAUUCAAAUAUCAAGUAUCCUCAGAUAACCAACUCGAGGUCUAAGCACAACAUGACAUCAUCCCGCUCCUCUUCAGUAAUGACUAAUGAUGAUUCUUCCAGCGUGUACGAGAAUAUAAACUUCCGAACCCCUCAGACGUCUGUCAGCAGUAACACCAGGAGAUAAGAUUGCUGCUGUGGGCUUUGCUUUUCUCUCUUAUCUGCCUCCUGCUUCAGCAGAGGUGUUGCUUGGCCAGAGUCUGUAGAAACCCCUCUUGGAGUAAAGGAAGGUUGCAUUGAUGGACCCUGGCCUGGCCUGAAGGUGGGGAGCUGACUCCUCUCCUGCUGCCGUGCUGCUGCUGGACCCCCCAGGCUGCACUCUGACCCCAUCCUAUGCAACAGACAGAAUGAUGCCCCCGUCCCGGGGUCCCUUCACCCUCACACCUCUCUUUGACCCUUCAAACACACCCUGACUCAAACUACUCAAGUGCCUUGUGACAGGAUGUGUCUGUAAUCCACAGCCAGAUGUUUCAUCUCCUAUCUUGUUGUUUUCAGAUCCAGGAAGCUAAUGCUAACCUGCUAAACAGGCGCUUGUUUGGUGCGACGGAAAUUAGGCGCCGGUUCUGCUGACAAAGCUCCACAGGACCGUUGUGGAGGUCAGGGCUGAGUGUCCUAAAAAAUCCUUCCUCCUCAGUCUUUCUUUGCUGCCGUUCGAACUUGAACCUUGCUCUGUUUUCGCUCCGUCUCUCCCGCUGUGGGAGUUUAUUAAAGCCGACGCUGAGUGAUGAAAAGGGGCGGUUACGUAACCUGCUACAGGGUCCUGAGGCUCAGGAAGGGCACACAAGCCCACCCUUCUUAUUCUUAUAAAAGUACUGAUUAAAUUCUGGAUGUGAAAAUGAUUUUAGGUCUAAAGUGACUGAAGAUGUUGUUUUUAAUCCCUGUUGUUGUAAAUGUUCCUGUUCCCGGGCAUCCUGGGAUGGUUUUCCACUAAGAACCGGUGACUCUUAGGAGCACCUUUCUCUGUCCGUGAUUAUUAAGCUAGGCUCCCUUUAAAAAACAAAUUAUUCAAUUAGAUGUUUAUUUUAUUCCUUCUUCAAGUACUUUAAGAUGUCAUUGUGCACGAUUUUGGUUUAACGGGUUUUUAUUUUAAUAUAUCUGGGAUAAGAAGAUUUCUAAGACGAGCACUGACCUCAGUACUGAUGUUUCCUGGAGUCCUUAUUUCACUAUAAAAUCACAGAGAGAGGAAAUUCUGAAUGGACAUGGUGAUUGAACUGUGUCCUCAGUGAGCUGCACGUCUGCAGCAGUUCAACAUCUGUCAGACGGGAUUGUCACAAGGAGACGAGGAAAAGGGGCUGAUUGCAGUGGGCCAGAUGGCCAUCUGCCUGAGAUUAAAGAAUAGAUUUGUCUCCAAAAAGUAAUUUAGAAGACGGCCGUAAUCCAGGUUUGCCGACAGCCGGGCGUGUAAACCGACGUCAUUUGUGGGAUAAGUAGACUGGAGGCGUAGUGGGACGACUGUGUACGUUCCUGGCAGAUUAUUGGCUAUUUUUAUCAACAACAAUCUAAAUUAACUUGAUCUGAUAUAAGAGUGAACUCCUUCUUUAGCCACAUUUUUAAAACCGUUGUUAUGACGUUCCACUACUUACACAUCUUUAUCUUUCCUGUUAAAAGCUAA